AUGGCGCCGCGGGAGACUCGCUCCGCUGCAGCAGCCAAAGUCUCGAAGCCCCCGGUCAAGACCCCCAGGAAGCCGAAGAACAGUGCGGCGGCCAAGGUGACGUUGAGCACGGCCGACGUUGAGCCAUCUGGUCCCACCACCUCCAUGAGCUACCUGGAACGUGUCAAGCUCAUGAAGGGUGCAAUCCGGGCCCAAUUUCCAAAUGCCAGCGAGAAGGAACUCGAUGUGUCGGCGCGGAAGGCGGUUACAGACAUGAAUAAACGGAUGAAGUCGGACAAGGAGCGUCUCGAUGGCAUACAGGGCGCGAGCAAGGCGAUGAUGGAGGAGGAGGACGGGAACGAGGAGCAGGUUGACGAACUUCAGGCUACGGAGACGGGAUCGGACAUGGGCUCUGUGGUCGAGCAGGCAGGACCUGUUACGCCGACCAAGGGCAAGGGCAAGAAUACAAAGACGACUGGCGCCACUACACCCAUCAAGAACGCGCCUAAGAGGAAGGUCACCAUCAUCUCGGACGAGGAGGCUAGCGACGCUGAGGACAAGCCGGAGAAGAAGAAAGCGAAGACUCAGAGCCCACGAAAGUCGGCGGCGGCUCGAUCCUCCAAGUCUGCCGGGGAGAAGAGCGGCGCAGGUGGGAAACGUACCGUGGCGGAGGUCGUUAUCCCUUCUCCACCUCGCAAGACCGUCUCGAAAGCGUCCAAGGAUGAGGAACGCUUGACCGCACUCCUCGGCAGGAAGGGGGCGAAGGGGGCGAAGAAAGGAAAGCCCUCUCUGGUCGUGCCGGAGAGCAACAGUGAUGAGAGCGAGAACGAUGAGAGGAUGGAGACCGAAGACGACGAGAUGGGCGGCGACGCUCUACCCACAGGGCACAAGGCUCAUUCGAUCGACGACGAGAGUGAUGAGGAGGAGAGGUCGUAUAAGAUGUCUGCAGGCGACGAUGACGACGACGAGGAGAGUGAGGAGGACUCAUGGGUGAAAGAUGAGGCAGACCCCGACAAGAUCAUUGUGAAGACUGAGGAGAAGCCUGCUCGCGUGCCGAAGGGGAAGGGAAAGUCGAAGACGGCGAAGGGGAAGGGGAAGGGGAAGUCGAAGGGUCACAAGAAGUCGAAGCCUGACGAGGAGGAUAUUCUUGCGAAAGAGCCUUGGAAGACCCUCGUGGCGCGUGCGCAGCAAGAUCUGAGGGCAUACCUUGCCCUGGAGAACGCGUGGCCUCGGAAGAGGGGUACAGAUGUAGAGAAGAAGAGCGUACCCAAGCGGAUCAUGCAGGAUAUUGCCAAGCAUCACCCCUCAUACGCCCGCAACGCCGAAUUCCAGGAGGACUUCAACAAUAAUUUUGAAUUUCACUGGGAAGCACUGGCCAGACAGGUCAUCAAGGGCGCAUCACAGCUCCGCCAGGAGGUCAAGCAGAAGGCCAAACGCGUCGUCGAGAAGGAGUUUAUGUCGAUCAAGCUGUCAGAGGUCGAUGCUAACGGCGCGCCGUUGAGUGCCCUUGCACGGGCACAGAAACUUCAAAGUGCGAAGGAGGCCCGCAUCAAAUGGCUGAAAACAGACGACGUGUUCCAUUAUGGGAGCCUGGUGCUUCCCGACGCCAACGUCGAUCCUGAGCUGUGGGAGGAGCCGGAGCUCGACACGCCCUUCCACAACAUGGCCAUAGCGGAGGUCAUAGCUCUCCAGUGGUGGAGCGGACCACACCCGGAAGCUUUUCGCGGGCGCAACAAGGAGCGGUUCGAGGAGGCGUUGAAACGUAUCCCGAGCAACAUGAUUGCGCUCGUGUGCAGUGCGCUCCGCGUGGCCCUUGAUGAGGCUCUGAAGGGCAAUGCUACGGUCAACUUCGAUGAGAAGACGUAUGCCCCCGAGCACGACCAGUACAAGGAGAGCGUUGACGUCGUCCGGGAGCUGGGCAACCCAGAGAAUGUGUCUUCCGAGGCAGGCUUCAUUCGGCUGGCGAAGUCCAUGGACACCAACCUGUCGACCAACAUAAGGGCCAUGGCAGGGAUUCCCGAGGGCGUGGAGGGCGUAGAUGGUGGAACGGGCAAGGGAAAACGACCCCCCGGCAUCAACUUCGCAAAGGUGAGGGGCAAGUGGGGGAAGCCCGAAGAUGCCUCGAGCGCAGCAGCCAGCUCGUCGAAGGCGGCUGAUGCAGGGGGGUCCAAAGCUCCGCUGUCAAAGGGGCCUGAGGCUGGCACGUCCCAAGGUGGAUCGUCACAGCCCGUAAUGCCCGAUGCCGCCAGUGGCUCGAAGGGCGAGGAGGAGGAACGAGACUGA